AUGGACGUCUACAUCUCCAACUACACCUUCGACGGGGAUAUGAUGGUGCUUCGACACCGUUGGCAAGAGCUAUUACCACUGGGAGGAGGCAACGUACUUGUGAAAGACCACAAAAGCUACUCGUAUUUAUCAGAUCCGAUUCAAGAUGACUCUGGUCCUAUAUAUGUCACAACAUGGACGCAUCAACUCCACUGUCUUUUCUACGUCAUGAGCGAAUAUGAUCGUAUUGUCCGUCAUGGGCGCAAUGGCCAGGAGAAAUUGAUCCCCCCGGGCGCCUACAGUGUACAUACAAGACACUGCUUUGAGAUUCUGCGGCAGUCAAUCCUCUGCCACCUAGACAUGACCCUGGAAGGAAGCACGUCUGCAAUAUCAAAUGGCACGACGGGAUUUGGUCACGCUCAUGUAUGCCAAAACCACCAGGAAGCCAUAGACUGGAUGGAGGCAAAUAGGGUCAGUGAUGAAAGACUGAUUGUUAAGGAGGGCUAA